AUGGCUAGCGCGGUGCGUCAAGACGCGGACUGUCCCAUUUGCAUGGACAAAUUCAACUGCCCUGCCACCCUACACUGCGGCCACUCUCUCUGUCUCCAGUGCCUGAUAGACGAAUCGGGAAAGGUAGAGAAAUUCACCUGCCCGCGGUGCCGUGCCGUAUUUUCAUCACGAUCUCUGCCCAAGGGUAGACUUGCCGUCGACAUCGUGGAGCAGCUCAUAUCACAACACGGGAUGGGUAAACCAUGCGAAUUGUGCCACGAAAAAAAGGCAGCCGGGGGGACGUUCUGCCUGCGGUGCGAGAUGUUCAUCUGCGAGUCGCACGUCGAGAGCCACAUGAAGAAUGAAAGGUUUACAGCUCAUGUGCUCGUGGCGCCUGGUACGCUUCGCGAUGGCCAGGCUGGUGCCAAUCAGAAUGUCAGCGAAGGUGCAAAUCACAACAAGUCAGAUACAGAAAACUCAGUAAUAGUGCAUAAAGAUUUUCACUUAGUGUACGGAAAGUCACUGCCAUUGGUAACGCCAUCUGAUUACGUGAAAGUCAUUGCAAUCGUUGAGAAACCUAAUGUUCAAAUGAGUCAAACAUCGGCCAUUGUGAACAUGCUUCUUCCAUAUAUCAUGCAAGUCAUAAAGAUGUGGGGAGUCAGUAUUCUGCAUGCUGCAAUUAUCAGUGAGCUAGCUCAAGAAGAUAUGGAAACAUGUCACAGUAGCCAGUUCUGCAAAAGUCCUACUUUUGCAAAAACAUCGAGCAAGGCAGCUGCUUCUUCCCUUGCAGCACAGACACGGGCGUUGAAUGAAGUUCCAUUGUCUAGACUUGACUGUCUGGUUGCUCUACUCAGUUCUGCUGAUUGCACUGUGGUACAAGAUCUCAUUCAGAUCCUGAGCAAAUUCCCAGUAGCGUUGCCACUGGUGAUGCCCAACCUGGAGAAGAAAGGCGAAUACAAAGUGAUGCUCCCCCUGAUCACUGGCAACACCGUAAAGUGGGAGGUUCAAUCAGGUGUCAUAAUUGAGAACGACAUCUUCACCAAUCCUUUCAUACUGAUUUUAGCUGUUCGUCUUGGCAAUAGCACGUGCGGGAAAAGCACGAUCCUCAACCAGCUCAUGGCCGUGGAGAACAUGUUCUCAUCGUGUGGAGAACCUGGAGCUCGACGGGGACGCCCUUUGACGCUGGACGGAACUGUGGAGUUCACUUGGCUCACUGAGGAGACCUGCGGGGCUGGGCUGUGGAAGUCCGUCCUGCAGCAGUUUUAUGCACGUGGAGGGAACGAGGUUGUGAUGUUGGCCAAUCUUCACGGAGAUGCCUCUGAAUACCCUGAAGUUAUCCAGUUCUUCAAGAAUUUAGCAUCAACCUACGUGGUGUUUAUGAUGCCAGAAAAGGGGGAACUUCUCAAAGAGAAAUGGAAUACAUUUGUCCAACUCUCUGGUUCGCAAGAGAACAUCCAUUAUCUCAUGGUGGAUCCUGAUGAAGACUGCAAUGAAGCAGAAGAGAUUGUUAUUCAAACGACGAGGCUCACAAAUGAUGACACGUUGAAAAAAGUACGAGCUAUGUUCAAAAGGGCCUUAAACUCAGCUGCAACCAAAAUUAAACGUUCAUUUAAGCCAGAUAUGUCAAAUCUUGGCAAAACACUGCAAUUAACAGAGGGAAUUAGCUGCUAUCAAUCACAACGUGUGAUAGAUUUCAUCACUAAGAACACUUGCCAAGGGACAAGAAAUAUCAUGCAAUUUCAGAUGAAGAAAUCAGGAGAACGAAAUGCUCACGAUUUAUGGAAUGGCAACAGAGUUCUGCAAACGCUGAUACACUUAUAUUGUAAAGUUAUGAGGCUCCCUCUAUCAGAACGACUAAAAGCGAUGGCUCAUCUCGAGCAAAGUAUUGCACAGCUCUCGAAUUCUGAGUCCUCAAAACUGAGACAAACCGUCAUAGCAGAGAGAGAAGAGCUUCAACGUCAAACACUCUUGAAUGGCCAAAACAAGUUGACGAUUAAUAAAAUGAAAGAAAACAUCAAUACAAACAUGAAGAUGUUGGAUCGAAUGUCUCUUGGUCCAGAGCAUUUUUUUCGUGAGUUGGGUCACAUAUACGAAUUGACAAACGAGGGCCAAAGAGAGAGUGGAGCUCUUUUGGAAUGUCCUACUUCAUACGCCGAGCUGCUAAUGAGUGGCCACGCCAUUGAGCUGCUAAACGGCGACACUGGAGAAAUGCCGGGUGCUUGGCUGACGGCGAUUUGCAACCACGUCACAAAAGUAUUCCCAAAUUUGCGCAUAUUUGUUCUUUCAAUACUAGGAUUGCAGUCUUCUGGAAAGUCCACACUCCUGAAUGCCCUCUUUGCCUGCAAGUUCGCAGUGUCCGUUGGUCGCUGCACUCGUGGUCUUUUUAUGCGGCUGCUGUUCCUGGAGAAGAAACUUAGUGACAGACUGAACGCUGAUGCAAUCCUGCUCAUUGACACGGAAGGGCUUGGAGCACCAGAGAAAAUGAAUGAUGAUGAUGCAGAACAAAAGGACCGAAUGCUGGCAACGUUUGCAAUGAGCGUGAGCAACCUGACUAUCAUAAAUAUCCUCGGGGAGUACAUGAGGGAUCUGACGGAGAUCCUACAGAUUGCAAUUGUGGCGAUGGCACGAUUGGAAAAGGCUAAAAUGUCUCCAGACAUUCUCAUGGUUCAGCAUCUGACAGAGAGGAACACAUCAAAGACCUCUUCAGGACAGGAACAAUUCUGCAAAGCUCUAGAAAACGCACUGGAGCUCACGAAAGAAAAAGACGUUGACAUGGGAAUAUUAGAUGUCAAUUGCUUGACAAACUUAGCUGACAGAAUACAGAAAGGAGAGCUUCUGAAACAGUUCCGUCCCUUCAAGAAUGGGGCAAGUGCUGGUGCCCCACCGUCAAAUCAGUACCACAAUGACGUGGUGGAUCUUUAUGAAACCGUCCUAAACGCAUGUCAAAAGUCAGAAAAUAAGAUGCCAUUCUCAGAUUGGCACUCACUUAUACAGAGCUAUUGGAGUUGCGUCUCAAAUGAAAAUUUUAUUGUUCGAUUUAAAAACAUCAAGGAAAUUUACGAGUUUAUAGAUCGUGGACAGCGAAUUGCCAGCUUAAAGGAAACAAUAGAUGGAGCGUUUUAUGUUCACGUGGAAGCUAUGAAACGUCAAAUACGAUGUGAAGUGACACUUUGGACACCAGAAGAGCAACGUCAAAAGCAUAGAUUGCUUUUAAACAACUUUGAGAAUGAAUUAAAAACAAUGCCAAUGAAUUGUGAAAAUGACGCUUAUAAUAAUUUGGGAUGCGACAGAUGUACAGAAGUCAUAAAACAGACCAUCAGUUUAAAUGAGUAUGCUACAGAAAAACAGUGUGAACAUGAAACGAUGAAUACAAUUGAUGCAUACACCAAGCAUGUCCGCAAGUCUACAUUGACGACUCUAACACAAAUACUUGAUGCCACAAUUGUGCGGCACGGCUGCUCGGUGGAGUUUUUGGAGGAGAUUACACGCAGCCUAAAAGCUGCAUUAAGUCAAAGGCCAGCUGGUACAUUCACUGUGCCUGAACGCGAACAACGAGUUGAAGAAAUAUGGGCAUCUCUUGUAGAAAUCGCCAAGUCAAAGGAAAGCGAUAUCCAUGAUUGUGAUAAAAUUAAAACUGAAAUGGCCGACGUGUAUAGCACCGCACCAAAUGUCUUGAGUCGAUAUUAUGAUGAACCGCCGAUCUGUUAUUUGGGCCAAAGAGAGGCGUUUGAAAAGUCACGUUUUAGAAGAUUUUGGGCAAAGCGAACAAUAAUGAACGACAAUGAGCUCUCCUGGCUCGAAGAUGAGCUUGAUAAAAUUCCCAUAUCAAUUCUUCGUGCCAGACAAGCAGACCACUUUGAACAUGGCAUGAUUCGUCGACUGAAAUCGAACAUAGAAGAUAUUCUAAACCUAUUUCAAAAGGUUUUUCGUAAGAAACUUCUCACCGAGCUCAAAUGGGAUGCUCACGUCUACACUCUUCAGAAAUUUGGCCACCUCAUGUCCAUGUGCCAGGAGGAAUGGGAAAAAAAGCACAGUCCGACUUCAAUAUUGAAACAAAGAGAGGAGGAAUUUCGAUCACUCAUAGAUCUUCGCCUACAGCACGGCUUCUCGUCUGCUUCUGAAGGACGUAUAAUUUCCAAAUAUCUUCUGGAAGCAAUAAAACAGAAAUCAAUUAAAGCUGGGAGUUCCGAGAAAGUUCAAGCUGUGCUCGACCUCCAGUGGACAACCAAUAGCGAGAAGGUGCGGCUUCAGUACUUUGAGCAUUUAGCUUCCCAGGUGAAUAACGGUGAAAAAUCAGAGGCACUUCAACAUUUUAGUUGUCCAAAGCAAGCAAUAAACAGGUGGUUUACUCAGACAAUUAAUCAUCAUGCUCGUAAUAAGGAAACGACACAAUGCAAGAAAACAUUUAAAAGUGAGUUCCAGCGUGUUCUUCAGAAAGUCGGAAGUUGUACAGAUGUUAGUGAAAUUAUCACUUUCACCCAACUUUACUUGACAGAUGUAGAGAAUGUCGAAUACAAAAGUUAUUUUGACAACCAAGAAAUAGCCAAGGGGGACUUGAAAGUCUUAAAAAACAGCAUCCUACAUGGGCUUAAUGAUUCAGCUUCAACAGUGGACUGCACACAGUUGAUGUUCACAGAUCCAUCGACGGAUGAGACAGUGAUGCGACGUCUAGGUUGCACGGAGAAGUGCUUUUGGUGUGGAGCUCUCUGCUGGGGAUCUCGUGGACACGAUAAUAACGCGGAUGAAACAAGAAAACACCAUACAUGUCACCAACCACGUGGCCUUAGUUAUACAAAUUAUAAAAACACUACUAAUUUAGUAGCAGAGCCUUGCCAUUUAACGUCAAACGAUACAACAGUCACUUGGGGAAAUAAUGAAAUGAAGUGGUCUGCUGCGAAGCAAACAGAGUUCAGUCAUUGGAAAUUCGACGCCCAUUGCAAUAAUAAAUUUGAUGAGCUCAUGCGUUGGUUCUUUCAAGAAUUGCAUAAAGAUAUUGCUGAGUCUAGAAAAUUGCUUCCAGCAUUAGAAGACGAGUUGAAGAUGUACAAAUGUGAAAACCUUCAUCUUGCACCCAUACUAUCGACAAUUCGAGAGUUAAUCAAAUAAUAUGCAGGGCCUUAAUAUGGGGAUGGUUAACCAAACGAAAACAUGCAUUACAUCCUCAUUGGAUGAUUACAAGUGUCCAACCAUCAUCUUAAGAAUUCUGGAUGAAGGCCUUCCCAAGUCAUCAUCUGACAAGAUAUAUCUUCUUUUUAUUUUUGUCUCCAACCUUAUUUUUUAAAUCUCCAUAUAUAUUUUAAUUUCCAAUCCCUUUUCCACUGCCCCAUGCCAGACCUCACUUCCACAUCCCCACGCCUCAAUGCCUGUCUUUACCCUGGUGUUCGUGUAAUGCUGUUUUUUUCCCUUCCACAUUGUUUAGCAUUUAAGUGUGACGAUGGCACUUUGAGUGACAUAUUCGUGCCAGAACGGUGCCACGUGUGUUUUUGCGCCAAAUCUAUUGAGGUACAUUUCGCCCAUCGCGCCCACCUGUGGCUCGACUAUUCAUGGUAGACCACUCAGAUUUAUGUACGCAUCGUAACUGCACUGCUCGCGAUGCUGUUGCCGCAGAAGAACACACGUGCCAUCUUGUCUCUAUCUCGUCUCCCAAGCGGCCCAUCCUGGGUCCCAGGCAACGCGGUGAUCCCAUUCUCCAGUGAGGAGGCAGCGAAAUUCAGGCACUGCGAUUCGUCUCCCUGUAGUGUACACAACUGUACACGGAUACUAUGUCUACAAUGCCACGUGUAGAAUACUGUACAAUAAUGUACACAGUAUCAGUGUACAGUACUGUAAAGGGUGGUUCGGAUGGCUUGUGGCCCCAAUUAAUUGACCCCUAACAUGUACCCUUUGCAUAUUCAUUUCCGUUUAAAAUAAAUCUUACUUAAAAAAUAUAUAUUAAGUUUUAGAGAAUCAAAUGGGGGUUACAAGACAUCUGGACUACCCUGUACAGUAUUGUAUGUGGGUACGUAUACAGUAUUGUACACUGCAUAAUUUUUUUCCUAUACAUUUACCAUACAAGUUACAUUUAACGGUGACAAAUAUUAAUAUUUUACAUUACUUUCUAUUUUCAAGAACUUAACCCCCACAAUGGGCAAGGGUUUGCUGUACAUCAGGGGCAUAGAAUGUGCAUACUUACAGAGGAUGGUAGAAAUGUUAUUGCAAGUGUAAUAUUACGGCGGGAGACCACUUGACGGGUAGCACACUUUAUUAACACUUUCCGUAGCCACAAUAACACGUGUGGUCAACUACAGCUCAUGCUACACGUUCCACCCGGCUACACACACAUGGGCUCUCCAGCCCCGUAGCUUCCAGGGGAACUCACAGACCCACCCCAGCCGGGGUAUGGAUCACGACCACUGGGUCCCGCAGCCCGGCCCUCACAAGGACAUCCGGCCGCGGGUCCCAAGGUCCCGCCUCUGAGCCACACAGGGUCCCGGCCCUUACAAGGACAGCGGGGCUAGGGGUCUCAGGACCCUAUCUCUUCCUCCUCCGUCUUCCGUCUGCACUGGUUACCAACUCCCCGAGCGCAUCGCCUUUCAUAGUCCUCCGCUCCCGAGGGGGCGGAGCCUAUGGGGACCGCGAUGUGAGCACCCACUCUAGUUGACCAAUCACCACGCGCUGCCACACGAUCCCUACUGCCAGCGCGUAUCACCACUACAUCACCCCCUCCCACAUAGCUCGCAGCCGGCCCGGCUGCCAAAAAAAACCCCACUCCCCAAGUGUGCCCCAUAACAUAACCAUAAUGCAACACAACAACACAACACAACACCGAACGUUAACCAGUAACAACAACGAACUAUGUACAAAGCGACGAGUAACACAAUAAAAGUUAUUUUGAAAAGACCGACGUGUCCAGUGUCUCCUCGACUCCCGAUCCCCCUCCCGCUCGCCCCUUGAACAGAACGAUAGAGCGGUCAAACGGACGGGGAACGCCGUGACGAGACGAUCCGGCCGACUCGUCCCGCACCUCCACCUCAUUUGUUGGGUCAGGAAAAGUGGUGCGAUCUAGCGCGAGUCCGCCUGGCUGGUCCGUCGUACGGAACGGGACGCUGUCGACCGUCCGGUGGCUCCGGCAGCCCAGGAAGGCACGGUUCGGGCCUGGAAGAACCGCCCGUGCCGCGGGGAUCCGGUCGCCGGUGGUCGGCAGCCGUCAGUUCCGAGACACCUGGGAGCGGAUCAGGCGAAAACAUGUGAGGAUCUUGGAGACAUUUCCCUCCCCGGGUCGUCGGUCACAUCACAUGCUCGGUCCUCACGACAUAAAGGAAGGCCAUAUGGUGGCGAGAACGGUUUCAGCCGGGAGUUUUGAACGUACCAACGGCGCUUUCCCCAUUUUAUCUGAACACACUGGGGUCGUGCAACCCGCACGACCUCCACGGGUCCCCGCCAUGGCCUCAAUAAUUUAGGCGACGUAGCCAAUGGUGCAUGAGGGCAGUGCAGCCAGGCCCUAUCGCCCGGUUUCCAAUCGUGCAUGGACACCUUCCAUGCACGCAAGCGCUCGUUGGCGAUUUGGCGAGACCUUGAAUUUAGCCGUGCGGCCUCCCGUCCCUCGGCCAGUUUUGCAAUGUUAAAUUUAAUAUGGUCAGCCAACUUGGAAUUAGGCCGUGGCACGGAAAGCCCCAGCUGAGUCUCCAUGGGCGGAUCGGCCUCCCGACCGUACAUCAGAUAAAAUGGGGAAAAUCCCGUAGCUGCAUGGGGGGCCAUCCUGUACGCGGCGAGGACCCCCGGGACCUGCAAGUCCCAGUCAACCUGUGCCUCGCACACCUGCUGGCACAACAUGGAAGUUAAAGUUCUGUGGAGUCGCUCCACCAUCCCGUCAGUCUGUGGGUGGUACGGGGAGGUACGCACCUUUUUUGUACCCAAAAGGUCGCACACCUCAUGCAGCAAUUUGCUCGAAAAAUUCUUCCCCUGGUCGGUCAGCAAGCGUUCGGGAGCCCCCUUGUCCAAGACGUAGCCCUGGACAAAGGCGUCCGCCACGGCCGCCGCCGACUGGUUGGCGAGUGGCCACGCCAUAGGCCAUCGAGUAAAGUAUUCCACACCAACCAGCAGGUACUUGUUACCCCUAGGCGUGACAGGAAAAGGUCCCAAGAUAUCCAGCGCAACGAGACCUGAAUGGACUGCAGCGGUGGAUUUGGCGCAACGGGCGGUGGUUUCCGUUUCGCGCAAUCCACACACCCCUUCAGUAUAUUGACCACAUCGCUCCCCAUCCCCGGCCAAUAAUAGUCACGCUGGAGCAGAGCGAGCGUUUUGUUUACUCCCAGAUGCAAGAGGCGUUCGUGUGCGGCCAGAACAACUUUGCCCCGCAUAGCGGAAGGCACGAUGAGUGCGUGCCGCCGGGACAUAUUGUCCCAUCUCAUUAGCAGGCCCUGCUUAAGCAGCCAGGAGCCAGCUCACUUCUGACCUUCGUCGGGACCCCCCGCCCUGCGACGCAACGCGAGCAGGGAGCUGUCAGCCAUCUGGAGUCGGCCCCACUCAACGAGAGACAGUGAGAGUAGCGAGUCCCCGCCCGCAGGAGUAGCGGGAACGUCAACCAAUGGUGCAUUCGCGGCCGCGACCAACUCACCCUCGGGUACAGCAACAUGCAAUUUACAGCGCGCCGACCCCAUCAAGCACGCACAUUCGGGACGAGGCGACAACCGCGACAGGGCAUCCGCGUUGGUGUGGCGCAACCCCUUACGGUAAGUGGUCGUAAAUUGAUAGUCCUGGAGGACCUCCAACUACC